UUGAAGCAUUUUUAUGUGAGAUAGUUAUGGAUAGGUAUUGCUGUCUCUGGAUAUUCACUUUUCUCCUGGUUGCAUGUAUAUUUGCAAACGAUUGCAACUGGAACUAUUACAACUACUACAAGGAAAAAAAUUGCACAGCUGUAUUAGGAGCAAAUGGGUGUCCUGAAAAAUUCCGGUGUGGCCCGGUAGACGAGCAAUUUUGGUAUUUGUGUUUUCAUGACGGCAAAUUUUACUACCCUGGGGAAACCUACGACAAUGUUGGGACGUGUGUUAGCUGUCCAUGCCAAGAUGAUGAAAACGGGGCUUUUGCCACAUGCUGGCCGGACUUCUGCCAUUUGGUAGAAGUCGAAAAUGAUUCUUGCACUUUGGGUUACAAACCUCAAGGCUGUUGUCCUGAGAAUAUAUGCCUUCAUUAUGAUUUAGACACAAUCAAAUACUGUACACAUCUCGAUAGAAUUUAUAAAGUUGGAGAUGUUAUGAAGACUAGAGAUCCAUGCAAAAUCUGCGUCUGCUCAGCCGAAUUCGAUGGAGAAGAGGGAUGCCGGGAUCGCAACUGCUUCGAGCCCAUGUUUGGCUAUCAUAUAAGGAAUGGAUGCUUACCUAUAUUUCAAGAGACUCAAUGUUGCUUCAGAGAAAUGUAUUGUGGUGAAAUCUACACUAGAGACCCUGAUGUCCUCAUCAAGUCAAAUAUAGAAGAUCUUUGCCUCUAUCGAGGAGUAUACUACGAGCGUGGAGCUAUAACUUACCUAAGUGAAGAUCGGAAUCGGGAGACUGAAUGUUUAUGUACUGUCCCUCCAGAUUUCACAUGUGUGAGGAUGGCACCUCAUCCAAACAUGCAAAAGUAAUUUAGAAUUCAUUAUCUAAAACACUAAUACCCAUUGUGUUCAAAAUUAAGUUUAUUGGAUAUUUCGCAUAUUUCUUCUGUCAAUAAAUGCUUCACAAA